CUCACACUUGGUAUGAUAGGUGCUCAUCGAGGCAUUGCUUUCAGAAAUUGGAAUGAUAAUGAAUAAUCCCACUGGCAGUUGUGAAGCCCCAUUAGUCGAAGCGAAGGCUUCUAAUACAGACUGUCUUCCCGAAAUCUAUUUUCAUUAGGAGCUUUUUGAAGUAGUCAGCCUCGAACACUGCAAACAGGUGCAUUCCAGAGGCCCACCUUGGCAGCUAGAGGAGAGGUCGGCCUCCGUCACCAUGACAGUGUUGCCACGGGCCGUGGCUUCCCUGGCUGUGCCUGGCCUUAUCCUCUGUUUCAUCACUCUUCCGUUUCCUGCUAUACUAUCCCAGAGGCCCCCUCUCCCUACAGAACCCUCCCCCACCCCAGCACCCCACACGAGGCCGGAGUGUACCCGCCUAGAGCACCCCGUCAUCUCUAUUCAAACUCUAAGUCCUUUGAUCUCCAGUUUCUCCCAUCCUGGUGUAAGGGACUACUCUCAGCUGACCCUUGACCUCACCAGGAAUGAACUUAUAGUGGGAGCAAGAAACUACCUCUUCCGACUGAAUCUAAACAACAUUUCACUAAUUCAGGCAACAGAAUGGGGCCCAGACGAAGACACCAGGAGGUCCUGUCAAAGCAAAGGGAAGACGGAGGUGGAGUGUCAAAACUACAUCCGGGUGUUGCUUGUCAACAAGACAGAGGUGAUUACCUGCGGUACCAAUGCCUUCCAGCCCCUUUGCAUCACCAGAGAGGCAGGGAACAUGGGCAGAGUGUUGGAGAGGGUGAAUGGAGUGGCCCGCUGCCCCUAUGACCCCCGUCAUAAUUCGACUGCUGUGGUGACCGAAAGCGGAGAGCUGUACGCCGCCACGGUCAUCGAUUUCUCUGGCCGGGACCCUGUUAUCUACCGCAGCCUAGGAGGAAUGCCACCUCUGCGGACCGCCCAGUACAACUCCAAAUGGCUUAAUGAGCCUCACUUCAUCUCGGCUUACGACGUGGGUCUUUUCACCUUCUUCUUCUUGAGGGAAAAUGCAGUGGAACACGACUGUGGUAAGACCGUGUACUCACGGGUGGCGCGGGUGUGUAAGAAUGACAUAGGAGGACGCUUCUUGCUGGAAGACACGUGGACCACCUUCACAAAGGCACGACUCAACUGCUCACGGUCGGGAGAGAUCCCGUUCUACUACAAUGAGCUACAGAGCACCUUCUACCUGCCUGAACAGGAUCUCAUCUAUGGCAUCUUCACCACCAACGUGAACAGCAUUGCAGCCUCUGCAGUUUGUGCAUACAACCUCAGCGCUAUCACGCAGGCUUUCAACGGGCCCUUUCGCUCCCAGGAGAACCCUCGCUCCACGUGGCUGCCUACCCCAAACCCCAUCCCUAACUUCCAGUAUGGAACUAUUCUUAAGGCUCUGGCAACCACAAAUAAGAGCCUGCAAGGUUGCUACUUGGAGGAGAUGCAGCUCUUCCCUCCUGGUCUGCGCGAGCCAAUCCUGAGCCCUCAGAUUCUCCAUGGCGACAGGACUCUUUUUGUGGGCCUGAAUGACAAAGUGAUGAAGAUCCCUCUGGCGAGAUGCUCCAGCCACAAAACAGAAUUGAUGUGUUUGGAUGCAAGGGACCCUUACUGUGGUUGGGACCGAAAGCAGCGCCGUUGCACCACCAUAGAGGACAGCUCCAACAUGAGCCAGUGGUUCCAGAACAUCACUGCCUGCCCGCUGAGGAACCAAACCACAGAUGGUGCGUAUGGACCCUGGGCUCCAUGGCAACCCUGCAGCCACAAUGACGGCGAAGGCACCAGCACAUGUCUCUGCAGAUCGCGGGCAUGCGAUAGUCCGCCACCUCGCUGCGGAGGUAAAAACUGCGAUGGGCCGACCAUUGAGGUGUCCAACUGUUCAAGGAAUGGAGGUUGGACACCCUGGUCGUCCUGGGGCCAGUGCAGCACAAGCUGUGAGAUUGGUUUUGAAGUCCGCCAGCGAUCCUGUAACAAUCCUUCGCCCAGGCAUGGCGGCCGAGUGUGUGUGGGGCAAAGCAGAGAACAGAGAUUCUGCAAUGAGAAGGUAUCGUGCCCUCAGCCCAUCUUUUGGUCAUCAUGGUCGCCCUGGUCCAAGUGCAGCUCAGAGUGUGGGGGAGGGGUGCACUCUCGCUCCAGGAACUGUGAGAAUGGAAAUAGCUGUCCAGGAUGUGCGCUGGAGUACCAGGCAUGUAAUCUGGAGUCCUGUCCAGAGGUGCGCCGAAACACCCCAUGGACCCCUUGGGUGCCGGUGAAUAUAACCCAGGGAGGGGCACGGCAAGAGCAAAGAGUUCGCUACAUCUGCCGGGCCCAACUGGCUGACCCUCAUGAGCUUCAACUGGGCAAGCGUAAAGUUGAGACACGCUUCUGCCCCAAUGACGGGACGGUAACCUGUGAAACAGACUCACUAGUUGAGGAGCUUCUCAAGACGCCUGGUGUGCGACUGACAGGCUCUGGCUGGUCAUCGUGGGACAUGUGGUCAGCUUGCACUCAGGACUGUGCCAAAGGCUACCGCACUCGCAAACGCACCUGCACCAGUGCAGAGGGCAAAAGCGUUCCCACUGCCUGCCGGGGCUCUCCAGUAGAAUAUCAGGACUGUAAUCCUCAGCUGUGUCAAGUUAACGGUGCCUGGUCUUGCUGGUCAUCAUGGUCGCAGUGCUCAGUGCCCUGUGGAGGUGGGCACUACCAACGAACACGCACAUGCACCAACCCCGUCCCUGGCAAUGGAGGGGACAUCUGCAUCGGCUUGCACACAGAGGAGGCUCUUUGCAACACGCACACCUGUGAUGGUGGGUGGAUGGCCUGGUCGUUGUGGUCUGAGUGCGAUGACUCGGGCCUGCAGCUGCGCAGUCGAGUGUGCGGGGCUCAAUCCACACCAUGUGUGGGAAACGGCUCUCAGCAACGAGACUGCAAUGAGAUCCCAGCCAUUCUCCCGGCAUCUAGCUAUGAGAAGGACCAGCAGUGUGGGGGGUUCACUCUGCUUCACCUGAUAGCUACAGGCGUGUCGUGCUUCCUGGGUGCCGGUCUGCUGUCCUUCCUGGUGUAUGUGUACUGUCAGCGGUUCCACAAGCCCUCGCAGGAGUCUACAAUCACCCACCCCACCACUCCCAACCACCUCAACUACAAGGGCAACACCACACCAAAGAAUGAGAAAUACACACCCAUGGAGUUCAAGACUCUGAAUAAGAACAAUUUGCUGCCAGAUGAGAGGACCAACUACUUCCCUUCACCGCUUCAGCAGACGAACGUGUACACCACCACAUACUACCCCACAGCGCUGGGCAAAUAUGACUACCGGGCAGACUCCUCACCGUCUCCUUGCAGAACCUAUAACCACAGCUAAGGCACGUGUCCCAUCCGUAGCUUUAUCACCAUGGUGACAAGGCUGCUCCGUACAUCUCCUAAAACCCUCCACUUUCCCCACCCACACACUCUGCACCCGAUGAGGUGCUUGUUCCAACAUUCCAGCUGAUUUUUUCCCUAAGAUCUCUUCCCUGACGACCGCGUCACCUAAGUCAUGCCUUACGGUGUCCAAUGAGAGGAAAGUCCAGUGAUUCAAACAGCACUUUUUAAAGAUUGUGUAGCUACACUGACUUUGAUAAACUGGUGUCUUGAUUGAUCGCUGCAGAACUCCUUUUACUGGAAAGAGGUUUUGCUGAAGCUCAAGGUGGGAAGACAGAAUUGUGCUGGCAUCCCGUACCACUCCAACAAUAUCCAUUACAGGAAAUGCAAUCUGCCACACUGUGGCAGUUCUUUUUGAAACUACAGAAGAAGAAUAGACGGACACCAGACGAAAGAGAGCAAUCAAUAGUGACAUUAUUAGGUUUGGUCAGAACGGCGGAAUUGUUACCUUUGGAUGUAAAUGUAAGGAUGUCCCACUGACUUCCAACCUUUGAGGGGCAAAUCUCUGACAAAAGAGGAUGGUUGCAGGAUCAAUGCAUCUCCUGGGUGAACCGUUCAGAUACGAGUUCGGAACCAAGCUGCAGAAAAAAGAACAGCUUAAAAUAGGAUGCUAUUCAGAACGGACUCUUAUCAGAACUGAAACAUAGAUUUUCAGCAAGUUAAAAGGCCAGAAGAAUGCGUCAUUAUUUCCCUGAAAAGUCGAAAUGCCUUUUUUACUUGCGAAUGCAUGGGAAUUGAGGAAUAUUGCACCAACAUGGAAUAUGCUUAGGUCUGAAGCAAACAUGCUCUGCUCUGUUACUGUAAGUCCCGGUGGUCAUAUUAAAUAUGACUGGGUUCAAACUGAGACGGACUAUAUUUUAUUAUGAAAAAAUGUAGGAAAUAUUGAUAGCUUGGCACUUGUUUUAUACGUUUAUUUUAAAGAGGGAAUUAUUCAGCAGUUGUAGUAUAUAGAUGGACAAUAGAGUUUAUUUAAGAUAUGAGUACAAACAUUGACGGAGCUAUACUGAACAUUUCAUAUAUUAUUUUUUCUUAUUGUUUCCAGAUGGUAUAUUCCUAACCAUCAUCACAUUCAUCAGAGAUAUGAGCGAAGGCGUACACUCUUAUAUGAGCAUCAUAUAUUCAUAAAAUUGCCCAGAGAGUCAACUCAUGCAGAAAUUAUCAAUGGAUCACUGUCUUUUUCACAUCAAACAAUAUCUAAAAAAUGAAUCUUUGUGCAGCACUAUGUGCCUAACUCAGAUUUGAUUUUGCCCAUGUGUUGACAUGCUUCCCAGCGGCAUCACGCCCACAUUCCAGAUGCAACUCUCCAGUUAUCGAUAAAAACAAUUCAGGAAUGGCAACUGUCACCGGUAUCUAGUAUUUAUGGUAUGCUUGGUUUCUAAAGGGCAUUGAAAACUAAACUAAGCUAUUUUAUCAUGCUCGUCUAAUGAAUGCUAAGCCAGCCAUGCUUUCAGCUAAGCAUGAGUACAUGGGUUGUAAAUAAGUGACGUCCCACAGCGAAAAAAAGUAAUGCCACGCAAAGAAUAGUAUAAUGUACAUGUAUAUUGUAAAGCUUACACUGUUUUUUAAACGCCUUAUAGUUGUAAAAUAAUAUGUGCAGCAGCUGUGUAAAUAUACCAACCGUAGGGAUUGUGUGGGGAUGGAGCCUGUCAGUGACAAGAGUUUGACUGCAAUAGAGAGACCAUCUCGUGGACCAACCCUGAUCGAUAACAUCAAAGAUUAUUCAUUAGAGUU